AAUGCCAAAUGAAAUGGUUGUUGAAGUCUGCAACUGCAAGACUGCAAUUGCCACUGAAACACCAGAUCCGCCCACCUUCACGGCGGCCCGACCAACUCCGCCGCCUAGAUACCAUAAGAUCGGCUCUCCGAUUAGUCUUUCUUUGCUAUGGAAAUAAUUGUUUUUUGAAACAUUAUUUAACCUUAAAAAGUACUUGGAAUAUCACGAUUAGCUCCCUCAACCAUUUAUUGAAAUUUUAUUUUUAUUCAUAACCCAAUUGAUGAUUGGCUAUUGAAAUUCUCACUUAUGACUACGGUAUUCUUAUCACGGUGUUGGUAUUUCUUGGGCAAUUCCGUUCUAUUCUGGAACAUAGUUGCCGGAGAAUUCAGGAUCGCAGAGGAUCGGAGAACGGCCAUCGAGAAUCAGUCGGAAGAACUGGAACUUAGAGAACUUGUAGAGCUAACGGAUACUAUAUGAUGUGAUAUAGAAAAUAAGCAUAUUUGCAUUCAUUGAUGUAAUAUGUGUAUGCACAUUGCAUUUCAUUUUUCAAGUCUUCUUCGUAACUCAUAAACAACAUAGUGUAACUGCCUGGCAGUUAACACAACUAAGCGCUAACACUCUUUUACUGCUAGCUUCUUCUUGUUGGCCAUCUUCCUUUCUUUACAUGCAUCAUUUUCUUAUUAUUUGAUGUUUGUUCAGGCUUCACUUGAGGAUCUUGAGCUGAAGUUGCUCGAUGAAAUGCCUCAGUGACUGAUUGCGGCUACAUUCCGUCUCAUAUUCCUGGGAAGAAUCAAACAUGACAUGGAUAGCCUUAAUCUUAGCAGUGCUAGUGCUCUGGUUUGCUUCUCUCUGCAAAGUUUUUCUGGAAUCUAUGUCCGCUUCAAAAUCAGCAUUCUUAAAUGAUGUGGCAGGUGCUAGCUCUACAAGGAGAAAUGUCUUGGUGGUUAUUGCUCAUCCUGAUGAUGAGUCUAUGUUCUUUGCUCCUGUGAUUAAUUACCUGACUUCCAGGCAUCAUAAUGUGCACAUACUUUGCAUGUCAACUGGCAAUGCAGAUGGCAUGGGAAGUGUUAGAAAAGAAGAGUUACAGCUGGCCUCUGUGGUUCUCAAGAUUCUAGCACAGCAAGUGACCGUACUAGAUCAUCCAGAUUUGCAGGAUGGUUUUGGCAAUGUGUGGAACUGGGAUUUGUUGGCUAGCAUCAUUGAUGAGGAAAUUCGUACCCAUUCUAUUGACUUGAUCAUUACAUUUGACAAUUAUGGUAUCUCGGGUCAUUGCAACCACUGUGACGUUCAUCAAGGAGUAAGAAAGCUCAUGCAUGAUGCCUUGGGGGGAAGACAUCUCGAGGCCUGGGAGAUUAUAAGCCCUAACAUAGUGCGCAAGUACAUCGGACCAUUGGAUAUUUGGUUAUCCAUCAUGUUUAGCCGACUUGAUAAAGAUGGACUAUCACAUUGCUUGCUUAACUUAGAUCUCCGUAAAAGUUAUGCAGCUAUGGCUCAACACUCCAGCCAAUGGGUUUGGUUCCGAAAACUUUUUGUAACAUUUUCGAGUUGUACCUAUGUUAGCACCCUUAAGAAGAUCGCGUAAGUCUGCAGCCGAAGGUACAUUGAUCUAGACGGAGGUCACGGAGCUAUGAUUUAUGGUCUUACAUCACCCAUGGUGAUUGGCGAGUGGAAUGAACUGAUACAUGAUAGUACUAUGACUAGCACUGUUUUCAUUUCUAUUCCACAACAUUAGUUUUGAAUAACGAGUUUAUUGUGUGUGGGGAUUUUGGAUGAAAUGGCUAUGGACGACUGGUGGCUUGGUGCCAACAUAUAUAUUUAUCUUUUUGGAUGACUUAAUUUUUUAAAAA